AUGCCUCCGCGCAAAAGCGACGCGAGCCGGAGAAGCGACGUAUCCAACGCCCGCUUCAUCGUCAUGGACGAGGAACCUUCCACCUCCACCACGCCGGCCAAGGCCGCGGCGGCACCCGCUACCGCUGCCAACGCCGCCGGCACCCCGUCGUCAGCAUCGACGGCCAAGCCCUCCUCAGCGACGCCGUCCAGUGUGCCUGCGCCGACGCCCGACUCUGCCGCCGCCGCCGCCGCCGCGGCAAGGUCGACGCCGGCGACGACGGAGAAGAAGGAGAGUCAGACGCAUGACAAGAUGGCCAAGGCGGAUAGGGAUGCUCUCACAAUCGAGGAUCUCAGCUUGCCCAAGUCCAUCAUCACCAGGCUGGCAAAGGGUGUCCUCCCGCCUCAGACCCAGAUUCAGGCCAAUGCCGUCUUAGCCAUGGGCAAGAGCGCGACGGUGUUCAUCAACUACCUAGCUUCUCAUGCCAAUGAGAUCACAACAAAUGCCGGCAAAAAGACUGUCAGCGCUGAAGACGUCUUCAAGGCUCUGGAUGACAUCGAGUUCGGUUUUCUGCGAGAGCCCUUGGAGCAGGAGUUUGCUAAAUAUACCCAAAUCCAAAACGCAAAACGCACAAAUUACCGCAACAAGGUAGCUGCCAAGAAGGGCGGUGCCGCAGCCGGGGCAGCAGGCACAGCAUCAGCUGAUGCAUCCCUCCUCUCCAACCCCGACGACAGCGUCAUGACCGCGGCAUCCACAGACACCGCCCCCCGCUCAAAGAAGGCCCGUGUAGACGACUCGGCCAUGACCGUUGACGAAGAGGCCGAAGACGCAGAGACAGAGCCGGAGGAGGAGGCUGAGGAAGAGGAAGACGAGGAGGCGGACGAGGAAGAGGAAGAAGAGGAUGAUGACGAGGACGAGGAAGGCAGUAGUGAGGAGAUGCACGAUGCGCUGGAGACGAAGGAGGGCGAGGGUAGUGACGUCGAUGAGGCGCUGGACGGGGACGAGAGUGACUAA